CUCCGACCCCGUCCCCCCCCACACGCCCCCCGACACGUCCCUCGACACGACGUCUCUAGGCGCCGCCGGUGGGAAGCGCUUACCCCGCCGACUGCAGUUUCGGCUGCGCGCUUUGCGUCUACCGCCAGCACGCUCGGUCGCGACGAUGGCGGUGUAUGCAGAGCUCCGUCAUGACCCCCGCUCUGCCGCCGUGCACGCCGACGCCCACCUCGGCACCGCCUCCUUUUGCGCCGGCGGCGCGUCCGUCGCUUGCCGCUUCGUGGCGUGGCGUGCCGAUGCCGCUGCUCGCGGGAGCCGGCGUGGUGCUGGCCAUUUGCUGGUACGCCGCGGCUUGCUGGUGCGUAAAGGCGGGGCGGCGGAUGGACGAGGUGCGGGCGAGGAAGCCGCACCGGCUGGUGGAGGCGGCGAGGGAGCCGUCGCCGACGCGCGAGGGCGGCGGGCAGGCCGGCGGGAAGGCGGGAGGAGCAGGAGGCCGCGAGGGAGAGCAGGAGGCAUCGGGCGAGGCCGUUCGUGCACCGAACGGCUUUGGCUCUGGUGGGCCCGCCAACGGAGAGGUCCGGACUCGGGCGGUGGCGUCGCCCGUCGUCGAGGGUGCGGAUGCGCCUUUGCGCGCGGAGCCCGAGUCUGGCUCCAUGUCUAGCUCGUCAGCCCACAAGGUGCAGAUGGCCUUGCAACGGCGCCUCGGGCCGUCUCCGUCGCUGAGCGAAGAGGCACGGCGCGCCCAACGCGCUGCAAUCCCUCGUGAAGAUUCUCUCUCCCACCUCGCGGACCAACGAUGCGGCGUCACCGGUCCCGAUGCGACUCCCCGUGAUCGGCGCGGACGGCAUCGCGCGCUCGAAUUCCUUUCGCGGAAUGGAUGAGCUUUGAUAACGAGAGUAGAGGGAGGGGUCCCCAGCUGUUGGGUCCCCGGGCGCUGUGUAAAGCAGGGCGCACGCCCACCUCAGAGACCUCACAUAUACUACAGUAGACUGUAGAGGGGUAUUAUCUA